AUGGAGUCCCUCUUUCUGAUUUCCAAGAGUAAUUGUGCGUUCGCCAAUUUUAAAGAUGAACUUGCUUGCUCUACGGCGCAACAAAAUCUACACGAUUCGAAAUUCCAGUCUGUCCGACUCGUCAGUCGAUUGCGAAAGAAUACAGUCGAGGGAUCCGCAGGUAAUGCGGCGCCUGGUGGUCCUGCUGCUAAUUCGACGCCGUCAACUAUACAUGAAGGCGCUGAUGUCGAGGUUGCAGCUGAUGACUCGGGGAUAAAGGCCGAGACCAUAGAGGUGGAAGUUCUUGCCAAAUCUCCCCUGCCGGUGUCUAGGCGCGAUAGUAAAGAUCGCCAGCAUGAGGACAAGUUCUUCAUCCUGAAAAGCUUGACGACAGAAGAUUUGGAUCUAAGUGUGCAAACCGGCAUCUGGGCAACGCAGUCACACAACGAAAACAACCUGAACGACGCAUUUCAGACUGCGGAUAAUGUUUAUUUGAUAUUCUCAGCUAAUAAAUCAGGCGAGUAUUUCGGAUACGCACGGAUGAUUUCCGAAAUCAAUGAAGAUCCUGCCGCCGCAAUCGAGUUUGCACCGAAAGUCGUAUCUAACGCCAACGUCGAUCUUCCGAAAGCGAUUCCUACAGAUGCUACUGAAUAUGCCCCUAGGGGUAAAAUAAUAGACGAUUCCGCACGAGGUACAAUAUUCUGGGAAGCAGAACGAGACGACUCAGAAGGCGAAUCCGAUAUAGAGAGCGAAAGCACAAGUGACAACGCCAACGGCACCGACGAUGAAACAAAGGUCUGGGGGAAACCAUUCAAGUUAGAAUGGCUUUCUACCAACCGUCUUCCCUUCUUCCGAACCAGGGGUUUGCGUAACCCAUGGAAUUCAAACCGAGAAGUCAAAAUCGCCAGAGAUGGUACUGAGAUAGAGCCAUCUGUUGGGCGACGGUUGAUUGGUUUGUUCAACCGCGCACAGAAUCCACCCAUGGUAGCAACUUCUGUACUUCCACAAGUGAACUUUGUGCCUGGAUAUCCGAUGGUGCGACCAUAUUGA